CACGCUUCAGACCUACUCUCCCUCCUCCCUUCUCUCGUUUUCGAAUUCAUCGUCGUUCGAAGCAGCAGCAGCCAUCAUCCAUGGCCAACCUACGCAAGUCCACGCCCGUCUCCUUCGCCUACCCCAGCCCAUCGCCCUUCCGUUGGGUCGCCAGCGAUCGGGCGAAGCGGCGGAAGGUGGAGUGCUCCCAUCCCGUGAUCCUCGAACGCAAGUGCUUGCUGUGCGGGCGCGCCGUCUUCUUCGACGACGACGGUGACGACCGCAGCCUCCCCUUCGGGUUCCUCCAUCCUUCCUUGAGGCUCAGCCGCGAGUACGCCGAUCGGAUGCGCGAGGCGAGCACCGCGGCCGCGUUAGGGUUGCAGAAGCUCCACCUGGUCCUCGACUUGGACCACACCCUCCUCCACACCGUCCGGCUCUCCAAUCUCACCCCCGAGGAGGUGGAGCGGCUCAAGCCCGAGGCCGCGCGGAACGCGGAAGGCGGUCCUGCGGGCGGCGGCGGCGGCGACAUCUUCUUUGUUGGGUCGGAGACCGGCGAGGGUUUCAUCACCAAGCUGAGGCCGUUCGUGCGGGAGUUCUUGAGAGAGGCCCAUGAGAUGUUCCAGCUCAUGGUCUACACGAUGGGUGGCCGGGUAUAUUCGUCCAGGAUGACGAAGCUGCUGGACCCCGACGGGGAAUUCUUCAGUGAUCGGGUCAUCACGCGGGAGGACUGCACGCUCAGAGGCCGCAAGAGCCUCGACGUGGUCCUGGCCAAAGCGUCCAACGUACUGAUCGUGGACGACACCGAGACCGUAUGGCUGGACCACGCGGACAACCUGAUAUCGAUCGAGCCGUUUUGGUACUUCUCUCACGGGAGCGGAAAGCGGGGCGUGCGGCCCAGCUUCGGCCGCAAUGAGGACGACGACAUGUUGGCGAUGGCUCUUCGGAUUCUCAAGGAAAUCCACCGAGGUUAUUUCGACUCAAAGCUGGGGCUCAAGGGUGGAGACGUGCGAGAUUUGGUGCGACGGAUGCCGAGCCUGGUCUGCCAUACAUCUGGUGAUCAAGCGCCUCCUGGAGAUGCUUGAGAUGCGCUGUAGACAUUUGAGUUUUUUCUGUUUUCUGGAAAUUGAUUUGGCCCCAAGUUUCGACAAGUCGAUAUUUCUGUCAAGUAAUAGGGCAAUUGAUAAUUCCUUACAAUUGUUAAGUCGUGUAUGUAAAGUCUUGGGAGUUAAUGCAGGGAUAAAUGUUCAUGCACCA